AUGAAGGCGCACAAGCGCUUCCAGUGCCUGGCGCUGGUGUGCUGUCUUCUUGGGAGCACACUUUCAGUGGCUGUCAACAAUGAUCCAGAUGAUACUCUGUCUUCAUCAGGAAUACAAUCUACUGGCUAUACCGGUACCGCCAGCACCGCCUCUGGAUCUGUACUCGGGCAUACAACGAGUGAGGAGAUCUACGCUGCCGGGUCAUCUACCUGGACCGUAGAUGUCACCAUCUGGUCGUCAGGCGUCAACACUGGUACGGAUACCUGGGCGACUAGUUGGACCGACUCCUCAACUCGAUCUGCCGCUCCUUCGUCUUCCUUGCUUGGCCACACCACAAGAGACGUUACAUGGUCCUCUGGCUCGUCCACCUGGACCGGCUGCAUCACAGAAUGGUCCUCCGCUGUUACGUCUGGCUCGUCAACGUGGGUGACCACAUGGACCGAUACCUCGACUACCCCGCAAACACAGUCUACACAAGGUGCCACUCCCGAUUCAAGUCAGUCAAGUUCUGCUCAGCAAGGUACUGCCUCGACUUUGACGCUGACCACCAGCCAGCAGAGCUCGCCUGACAGCCAAGGUCAGCCGUCCUCGCAGCCGUCGACUUCGCAGUCAUCAAUUCCGCAGUCUUCAGUCCCGUCGCCUACGUCGCAGCAGUCAGUUGCGCAGCCGCCAAGCACUCAGGGAUCUGCAUCCAGUAGUCCACAGGGUUCUAGCCAGACCUCCAGCCCGUCCACUCCACAGUCUGUCUCCGAAGCCACGCCGGCUUCAACGUCUUCGGCUGAAUCCUCAUUGUCUUCGUCGGCAAGUGGCAGUCUGACUUCGACGUCCGUUCCGCAAUCAUCCUCCAGUCAACAAGAGACGACGUUGGCCACUUUCUUUCGUGACUACUGUCUGGAGCACUUACUAUUCCGAGUCAACAUCUCCUUCGGCCUCCAGUCAGUCAACUGUGACGACGACUUCGAGCGGCUUGGUGUCUUCAGCUGCGAGCAACUCAACGUCUGGCGCCACUUCGAGCGAUUCGGUAUCGACAUUCAGUCCUGGCAACUCGACGUCUUUGUCAAGUUCGAGCAACUCGACGACUAUCUUGCCACCGAGCAAUUCGACGUCUGUCUCGACUCAAAGUAA